CCGUUCAUUCAAAAAAUGAAAUUUCUCUAUUUGAAAAAUGAAAAGUUCUCAGUCUCACGGCGGAUGCGUUAGAGUGAACAUGCGCAAUUGACAAAAGUGAGUUAAGGAGAUUCAAAAAUUUAUUUUUUUUGCGUGUAAACAGGAGAGAGUGAGUGCGUGGCCUUAUAUCGAUUUUUUUGGUCUCAUGCGGUAAAGUUGUAAGGAAGUAAAAAAAUUCAAGAAUUUCAAAAAAAAAUGUGAAAUUUAUGACAGAAAAGUUGAAUAAAAUUAUUAAUAAAAUUUAGUGCUGAAAAAAACGUUUUGUUCGUCAAUUGCUGCAUUCAUUCAGAAUUGAUUGUUUAACAAAAGGAAGGCUUCAUUUGUGUCGUGAAAGGAAAUUCGUGUUUACUGUCUCUUUUCUAAGUAAAUUAUCGUUUUGAAAUCAUGAGUACUGAAAAAGAAAAUCACACAGAACCAGAGCCAGACCCGGCAGAAGAGGAGAAACAACCCGCAAUUGAACCUGAAAAAAAGACCUUGAAAGAUGUGGUUUUAGAAGGGUUGGAAGAGAAAGGAAAAGGAAAAGAUUUUUGGUUAUGGAUAAUGUUUAUACUUUGUAUAACACCUAACAUAAUCAAUGGAUUCCAUGUGUCAUCAUAUGUGUUCCUGAGUAAAAUGCCAGUAGAAUAUUUCUGUGUAGUUCCAGCCUUAAAUCAUAAGAAUUGGAGCUAUGAACAAAUUAGAGAAAUUGCAAUUCCAGGAGGAUUAAAUGUUAGCCAAAGUUGUAAUGUGUACAAAUGGGACUAUGAUAAGCUUGCUGAUUUAAGCUUUGAACAAGCAAAAAUUUAUCUAAAUGAUAAAGAUAAACCAAAGACUGCAUCUUGUUUUGAUAUGAAGGAACAGGAUGACGAUUAUGCAUUCCACUAUGAGCAAGAAAAAGAUGCUAGUUUUGUGCCUGAAUGGAAUUUGGUAUGCGAGAGGAUGGCAUAUCGCUCAAAUGUUCAAGUCGCUCUCUCUAUCGGUAAAUUUGUUGGUGCAUCAACAUUUGGCAUCAUAAGUGAUAAGUACGGAAGAAAAGCUUGCUUCAAUUUAGCGGCGGUUUUAUAUAUUUUAUCAGGUCUUUUGACAACCUAUUCGCCAACAUAUUUGCUGUUGAUGCUAGGACGUAUAGGUUUAGGAUUUUGUGGAUCUGGUGUCUUUUACUCAUUAUUCACUCUCAUAACGGAGAAUACAGGACAGAAAUAUAGAUCGAGUUUGUCAAUAGCAUAUAAUUUCAGUUAUCCCGUCGGAUUUCUUUUCCUCGCAGGAGCUGCAUAUAUAUUCCCAGCAUGGCGUGAUUUGCAACUUGCAUUGACAAUACCAUCAUUCCUAUUAGUUAUUCAUAUUAUAUGGCUAGUUGAAUCACCUCGAUAUCUCAUAAGUAAAGGAAAGUACAAGAAAGCUUACAAAAUGCUUUAUCGUAAAAAGCCAGCACCAGAUUUUUUGCUAGAGUUACAAUGUGAAAAGGAAGGAGUUGAAAUUGUGGACGCUCCCAGUGAGAAAAAAGAUGUUGAAGCAAAGUCAUGCAAUGAAAAAAUUCGUGGAUGGUUUCAAGAGCUUAUAAAACUUUACGGGCCUUCCAGUCUCAGGAACAAAGCACUGAUUUGCCAUUUUACAUGGUGUGUAACAUCAUUAACAUAUUACAUGUUGUCAUUGAAUGCUGAAAACUUCAAAGCAAAUAUUUACGUAUGGACGGGAUUAACAGGAACAGUUGAUAUAUUCGGAUAUAUUGUGUCAAUUUUCAUACUGAAAUUCUCAACAAGAAGACUGUCACAAUUCACACUUUUUGUUCUUGCCGGUGCCUUUCUACUUGCAGUUUUAGGCGUCUCAAAGGAUAAAGAAAUUGUACUGUUAGUAUUGGCAAUGAUGAGUCGUUUUUGCAUAACAUCAGUUUAUGCAAUCAUGACAUUACAUACAGCUGAAAUGUUUCCGACAGAAAUUAGAAAUUCUGUGUUGGGAAUAAGCUCAACAGCUGCACAUUUUGGUUCAUUCUUUGCUCCAUAUAUUGUUGAUCUACUCGGUCCAUGGGCCUGGUAUAUACCGACAACAAUAUGUGGAACACUCAUCGUUCUUGCUGGAUUCUUGAUAUUAUUCCAACCGGAAACAAAACACACUGGUCUUACCGACCAUGUUAACGAAGAUGCAAAAGAGGAGUCAGACAUUGAAAUGAAUAAGAAGGAAUAAAAGAUUUAAAAUUAUAAAAAAAAAAAAUCAUCAUCUAAGAUAUUGCAUCAUUUUUUAUACUUUUAAACAAUAAUUUAGAUAGCAUUUUUCAAGGAAAUUCAAAAAAUUUUUUUUUAUAGGCUUGAAACAUUAUUCGUGUUGGUAAAUUCAUAAAUUUGUCUUCAGUAACCUGCUUGAUUAGCUCAUAUGAGAAUGUAUGCUAAAUUUCAAAAAUAGAUAACUUGAACAAUUGCUGGUUUCAAAGCAGAAUAAUUAAAUGAUUCAAAUACAACUCAUUAGAGAUUUUAAAAGAAUUUAAGAAAUGCAGACACGAAUAAAGUUCAGUUGUUUUUAAAUUUAUAAUUUUUAUACCUGCAUGUUAUGCAAAAUUUAAUCGCUUUAUUUUGAAUAAAAUAUUUUAAUUCAGAAAUAAACGUACAAAACAUUAAACCAG